AUGGAUGACGUGGAGUGGACGCAAAGCCCCAAGCCUGAGGAGCUAAGGGUUGGGCUCAUCAGCUGGGCAGGAUCCUACCUCACUUAUGAGACGUAUAAGAAUAUAGUCACUGCUACUGCGAGGGGUUUGGGCCGGAGACAGACCUGGGAGAUCUUGGUGAGCAAUCAACACGACGCACAGGCUGUUGUACGACUAAGGAGCUUUCAGGGCCUCUACCUCCUAUGCGAGGCAGAUGGCAGUCUAUCCUAUGGCCGGCCAAGGACCAGCCACCAUGGAUGCUUCCUACUGCGUUUCCACCGCAAUGGCAAGUGGACUCUCCAGUGCAUUAUUAGUGGUCGUUAUCUGGAGUCUGAUGGUGAAGAUGUGUUCUGCAACUCCAGGGUCCUCUCAGCUUACCACAUGUGGACCCCCCGGCCAGCUCUGCAUGUCCAUGUGAUCCUCUACAGCCCCAUUAACCACUGCUAUGCCCGGGCUGACCCUACCACGGGCCGCGUCUGGGUGGAUGCGCCAGUGCCCUGCCUGGAGGAAUGUGGCUUCCUGUUGCAUUUCCAAGAUGGAUGCUACCACCUGGAGACCUCAACACACUUCUUCUUGUCCCACUUAGACCGGCUGGCCCCCCAACCCUCAUCACAGACAGCUUUUCACAUGCAAGUGCGACCUGGAGGGCUCGUGGCACUGAGCGAUGGAGAAGGAGGCAUACUGUAUCCACAGGGCACACGUCUGCUCCUGGGCCUGGGCUCCAGUCCCCAUAGGGGUGAGGAGUGGUUCAUCCUACAGCGCUGUCCGACGUGGGUCAGCCUCAGGUCAAAGACUCGGAAGUUCCUCUCCAUCAUCUAUGAUGUUGAGGUGUAUGCUGCCUCUGAGCACGUAACCCCAAUGUCCUUGUUCCAGUUUGAAUGUGACAACGAGAGCCUCACCCUGCAGCUUCGUGCAGCAAAUGGCUGCUACCUAGCCCAGAGGCACCACAGGACAGUGGUAGCUAAUGGGCACCCAAUGGAGUCUGGCACCUUCUUCCACAUGCACUGGAACUGCGGCAGGAUUAUCCUGCAGGCUCCCAAUGGACGCUUCUUGGGCAUCAUAGACAAUGGCCUGCUGAUGGCCAAAGCCACCAUUCCAGGCCCAAAUGAGGAAUUUGGGAUUCGAUUAGCUAACCGUCCCUUCCUCGUAUUGCGAGGUCGUUAUGGGUAUGUGGGCACCUCAUCAGAACACGACCUAAUGAAGUGCAAUAUGGAUCAGCCUGACUGCAUUCACCUGCUGCCUUGCCACCAAGGCAUCUACCACUUCCAGGCACAGGGUGGAUCCUUCUGGUCAAUAACGUCCUUUGGCACCUUUCGCCCUUGGGGAAAGUUCGCUCUCAACUUCUGUAUAGAGCUUCAUGGGAGCAACUUGCUCACAGUACUGGCACCCAAUGGCUUCUACAUGCGAUCCGACCGAAGCGGCACCCUGUUGGCAGACAGCGAGGAGAUUACCAAAGAGUGUAUUUGGGAAUUUUAG